GUCACUGAGAGGCAGGAAGAGGGAGAGAGUAGAGCAAGAGGAGCCGCACACAGACUCACAAAAGGGGGUGUGACGCAGUUAUGCGCUUUACCGAACGCCGCUAAUCCAUUUGGAAAAAAAGUUCUACGGAUUCUAAAGUUUUUCAUCAAUUUGGAUGUACUUUCUCGAUGAGUGCUGCAAGUGUUCUCCGAUCCUUCAGUCCCUCUGUGAUGCCCGGUCCAGUCAUGCCCAUGGAUGUGGCCAUGCGUUUCUACAUUAGCCACUCUCCCCCUCCUCUCAGAAGCUUCCUCAGCUCCUACGAGGACCUGCAGCGAGCUAGCAAGCGCGCUAACAAGUCCCUCGCUAACAAGUCCCUGUACAAACCCCUGCGGCCCUGCCUCAGCUCCCAGCAGAAGGACGCCGAGCAAGAUGGCGGCUGCUGGGCUAACAAGGCCAACAAGAAACGAGUGGUGUUCGCCGACAUGAAGGGACUGUCACUCACCGCCAUCCACGUUUUCUCCAAAUUCGACGAUGAUUCGUACCAAAGCAACGAAGAUUUGCAGUUCGACAUGUGCGACCUGGAGGCGGCCACUAUGGACCUUAAGAUCAGCUCCACACGAAACCUGGCCCUUGACUUCAAGCAGCCGUCCGCAGACUACCUGGACUUCCGGAACAGGCUGAUGCAGAACUCUGUGUGUCUGGAGAACUGCUCCCUGCAGGAGCGCGCGCUCACGGGCACCGUCAAAGUGCGAAACAUCGGCUUCGAGAAGUCCGUCCAGCUCCGCAUCACCUACGACUCCUGGGCCACCUUCACCGACGUGGACUGCACCUUCAUGAACAACGUGUACGGUUGCCAGGAUACCGAUACCUUUGCAUUCACACUGGAACUGCCGGGGUACGUCCCCCCGCACAACCGCGUGGAGUUCUGCAUCUGCUUCCAGGCCCAGGCCCAGAGCUUCUGGGACAACAACGACGGGAACAACUACGCCCUGAAGCAUGUGGGCUGGAACGGAGAGGACCUGGUGAUUCCAGAGGUCAGAGCUGAGGCCAAACACGACUCAGAGUACGACCAGUACGGCAGCCCCCGCACCUCCAGCGGCAUGUUCCCAGGCUGGCAGAGCUGGGGGCAGGUGGACACCUCUGUGCCGUACUGGUGAAGAGGCUGUCGGCUCUGGGACUCUGCUCUGACAGAGAGAGGACUGGACUGUCACAUACUGACCUGCUUUAGAACUAUGGACUAUGCUCAAGUGUAGCAGAAGGACGAGGAGGGAUGGCCGAGGGAACCCUGGGGUGUUUCCUGUUUUUGUAAAGAAAUAAUAUGAAUAAUAAUAAUGUGCCUUACUGUAGCUGUAACUGUGCUGCCCUCUUUGUACAAUCCACAGAAAUGUAAAGGCUCAUACGGCCUCUUGUAAAGUCCAAAUAUGCACUGAUUGAGAUGUCCCUCUCAAUGUGAUGUCUGUAAGGGAAGCUAAUCCUUCAUAUUGAAGGGCAUGAGGCGUGCAUGACUACAGGCUUCUCCACACAGGCGUCCCCCCAUGAUGCACACUAAGCUCCUGCACCUUUUAGAAGUCCUCACACAUCAGACCAGCCUCUCCUGCACUCUGCACAUAGACUCAUAGACUGGUCACUUGACCGCAUUUAGAUAUAGGGAAAUGAGCUGCUAUAGGCCCUAGAGAGACUCUGCACGUGAUUGGUCGUCUUGACGGGGAGGGGGCGUGGUUAUGUCUGUGGUUUCAGAAUGUCAGAAGCUGAUGUGUACAGUGUUGUGUUUUUCACAAGUGCAAUUGUGUGAUGAGUGGACAGAAUGAGUAGAGCGUGUGGUGCAGCUUCUGUUUGUGUCCUGUCUGAAUGAGACCAGCGUUUGUGUUCACUUGAAGGUGUGAGCCCACCACACCACAGAUGUGUAUACUCUUUAAUAAAAACAUUUCUAUAUUUGUGCUAAA